GUGCACGCAGAAUCGCAGCAAACCGUAGACCGCACUCAAUCUCAUCACCGUACAAACCUCUCUCACAAACAGUAUCAACAUGAAGUCCAUGAUCGUCCUCUGCGUGUUGUCGGUGGCGGCUCUAGUAGUGGCCCGGCCCGACGACUCCCACUACACCGACCGCUACGACAACGUGGACCUGGACGAGAUCCUCUCCAACCGCCGCCUGCUGGUGCCCUACAUCAAGUGCAUCCUCGACCAGGGCAAGUGCGCCCCUGACGCCAAGGAGCUCAAGGAACACAUCAGGGAAGCCCUGGAGAACGAGUGUGGCAAAUGUACUGAGACCCAGAAGAAGGGAACCCGCCGUGUGAUCGAGUACCUGAUCAACAACGAGGAGGAAUACUGGAACGAGCUCACGGCCAAGUACGACCCUGAGAGGAAGUACACCACCAAGUACGAGAAGGAACUCAAGAAGAUCAAGGCUUAAGUUUUAUAAUAUUGCUCAAUUGUGUUAUUACCAAGUCGACUAUGAAUUGUGAUAUGAUUUUAGAUUUAGUUUGAAAAUAAAAAAGUUUCC